AAAACGCGUGCGGGAGAGGAAAGGCAUUCCGGGAGCGCUGAUGUGCGCUUGCGUGGAAUGAAGUCCGCGCGGGCAGUUUGAAUUUCAGUCCCGGAGUCAGGUCUCGCGAUCCUGGGCUUCCCGCCGAGACUGGAGGGGUCUCCGCGCUUCGCGACCCCAGCCACUGGGCCGUUUGCUCCCGGACCCGCGCAGAGGCUUAAAGGAUGGCCUCCUCAGAUCUGGAACAACUAUGCUCUCAUAUUAAUGAAAAGAUUGGCAAUAUUAAAAAAACUCUGUCAUUAAGAAAUUGUGGUCAAGAACCUACCUUGAAGACUAUAUUAAAUAAAAUAGGAGAUGAGAUCAUUGUAGUAAAUGAACUUCUAAAUAAACUGGAAUCGGAAAUUGAGUAUCAAGAACAAACCAGCAAUUCACUCAAGGAACUCUGUGAAUCUCUUGAAGAAGAUUAUAAAGAUGUGGAACAUCUCAAAGAGAACAUUCCUCCCCAUUUGCCCCCAGUAACAGUAACCCAGAACUUUGUUAAGGGAUCAGAUCUUGACCCUGAAGAACCAGUCAAAGUUGAAGAACCUGCACCCACAAAGAAGCCCCUAAAAGAACAAAGAAAUAUUAAGGAAAUGCCAUUUAUAACUUCUGAUGACUUCAGUGGCGUUCCUGCGUACAUGAAGUCCCGCUUAACCUAUUGUCAAAUUAAUGAUGUUAUUAAAGAAAUCAACAAGGCAGUAGUUAGUAAAUAUAAGAUCCUACAUCAACCAAAAAAGUCUAUGAAUUCUGUGGCCAGAAAUCUGUAUCACCGAUUUAUUGAUGAAGAAACGAAGGAAACCAAAGGCCAUUAUUUUAUAGUGGAAGCUGACAUAAAGGAGUUCACAACCUUGAAAGUGGACAAGAGGUUUCACGUGAUACUGAAUAUUUUACGCCACUGCCGGAGGCUGUCAGAGGUCCGAGGGGGAGGACUUACCCGAUACGUUAUAACGUGAGGCCCCUUAUUUUUAGUAGCCGGCGGCCGAGAAGCACCCUUCCUGUCCAGUCCUUGCAGCACGGCUGUCUCCAGAACUUUAGGGACCGAACCUCAUGCCACAGCUUUCUGCUGCAGGUCCCGCAGCCUGGAGGGGAACAGAUUCCAACUGGCUGUCUCUGGCUGGAUACCACACAGCCUGAUGCUGUGGUUUACCACCUUGUCCUGCCAGCCUGUGGAUCCCAGGUAGGAGAGACCCAGGACCUCAUUCAGGCUUCUAUGCUGAAAUGCUAAUUUCAUGUGAUAAAAUCUUUAAUCUGUCCAUUUAUAGGUUGUUUGCUGGAAAAGUUGGUUAUUUGUGGACAAAACAUUUUUUCCAGGUAACACAGGCUAGUUAAAAAUGAUGCUGGUAGAUCGCCACCUCUGUCUUGCUUACCCCUCCUCAGGUUACUCUGUCCCCUUUUACGUUUCCUAACUGUCCAGAUGUCACGCCAGAUUCUUUGGCCUCAUCCAGUUUGUAUGUCUAGAUGUGGAUCUUCUUGUAUCUUAGUUUCUAGUUAUAAAGGGGAAAUGUAACUUGAAAUGAAGAGAUUUGACUAUCACUGCUUGUGGCAGAUCUUACUUUCCAAAGACGGAUGGAUGGAUGGGAGAAUUCCGUAUUCCAUCCCACAUGCUCUUUCAGUGUGAUGUCAGCAUUCUUCUAUUAAGAGGCAAGAUAUCUGUUCCCUCUCUUUGAAUCUGGGCAUAUCUUUGUAACUGCUUCAGCCAGUAGAAUGGACUAGGAUAUGCCACUGCCUGAUUUCCAAGCUAGCUAUUAAAGAGA